ACGAACACUUCCACCACCAGGACACCCGGCCGCAUCCUGGGCGCAGUCGUCCGCCGUCGACGUCGCAGGCGCCUCGUGCGCCGCUGGCCAGCGCAUCUGCGUUCAGUGCGAGAUGAGAUCUCGUGGCUGAUGGACGUGCCCGUUUCCCACGCUCGCAGUGCAGCCUCAGCACCAGAACAAACACUUGUGGCACUUGUGGCACUCACUCGCAAUCAGCUGCCGUUGUAGCACUAGUUUAGUUUUGUUUCCUGCAACAAAAUCACUCUCGGCAAUUCCAACAAAUGUGCGGCGAAAUCCGUGUUUAAAUCGCAAGCACCAAGCAAGCAUCUUCUAAAAAUAUGUGAAAACUUCAAAGAAUUAAGGGUGAAUACUCCAACAACGCACAACCUCACCCGCAAAAUCCGGCUACAACAACCACCUGACUCCAUCAACUGGCAGUUUGCAAUAGACUCCUUGAGCAGACCAGACACAAAACCCAUUCCAUCCGCCCACCAAAGCCAUAUUUCCGCAGAAUUUCCCUCGAAGCAAGCUAAGCGAGUUGUUUAUAAGAAAUUACUCAGCAACCAGCGGCUAGCGACGCAAUGCAAUCAUCGACCGAUGCGGGCAAUGGUGGACCAAGAAAACACACGCAGAGCACAGCCCCCCAGAAGCAGUCGGAGAUUAGCGAGACCACCUCCUUCACCGUAAACGCAACCACUACCGCCACCACCAACAGCCAGCAGCAACAGAAUCGCGGAGGACCCGCCAGCAAUACGCCCAGCAAAAAUCCGUUCAAACAGCAGUUGGACAGCAGCCAGCAGAAUGGCAACAUGGAGCAGGAUUGCGGCAUCAUGGGCGUCGGCAAGGAGCCACCAGCUCCGCCGCCGCCCACCUACCAGUCGCAGUCCUACGCAGGACGACAGGCUCCGCCGCCAGCGGAUCAGUACCGCGAGGAGGAUCCACGCGCUGCCGGGUCCUGGGCCGCCGCCAAGUCCUGGAUGGUCAGCUGGCGAGGUUCCAAUCGCCUGGUGCUCGUUAUCGUGGCCAUAGCCCUGCUCCUCGACAACAUGCUGCUGACCACAGUGGUGCCCAUCAUACCCGAGUUCCUGUACGACAUACGACAUCCGGAUGCGCCGCUCGACAGCUUUCCACGCACACCGCUAACGUCCAACGUUCCGCCGCCCCCGACGCCGUGUCCAUGCAACAAGGAUGGCAGCGAGGCGGCUCCGCUCGAGAUCUCCACGAUUAGUCCGGAGGAGAACGAGACCUACUACCGCGAACUGGAGGAGCGACACAACGAGCUGGUGGGCGAGACCGUCGAGGUGGGACUCCUGUUCGCCUCCAAGGCGUUUGUCCAGCUGCUAGUUAACCCAAUUGUCGGACCCCUAACUCACCGGAUUGGCUACAGCAUUCCCAUGUUCGCUGGCUUCGUGAUCAUGUUCCUCUCCACGAUAAUUUUCGCCUUUGGACGAUCUUACCUGGUACUGUUUGUGGCGCGAGCUCUGCAGGGGAUUGGAUCAUCCUGCUCCUCGGUUUCCGGCAUGGGCAUGCUGGCAGAUCGGUUUACGGACGACAAGGAGCGUGGAAAUGCCAUGGGCAUAGCGCUGGGAGGAUUGGCCUUGGGCGUGCUCAUCGGUCCACCAUUCGGCGGCGUGAUGUACGAGUUUGUGGGCAAGUCGGCUCCAUUCCUUAUCCUGGCUGCCCUCGCCUUGGGCGAUGGCCUGCUGCAGUUGUUCAUGCUGCAGCCAUCGAUCCAGAAGGCCGAAACGGAACCACCCUCGCUGAAGAGCCUCAUCAGUGACCCGUACAUCCUGAUUGCCGCUGGUGCCAUCACCUUCGCCAAUAUGGGCAUCGCCAUGCUGGAGCCCUCGCUGCCGCUGUGGAUGGUGGACAACAUGGGCGCCACUCGCUGGGAGCAGGGCGUGGCCUUCCUGCCCGCCUCCAUCAGCUACCUGAUUGGCACCAAUCUCUUCGGACCGCUGGGACACAAGAUUGGACGAUGGUUUGCCGCCUGCCUGGGUUUGAUUAUCAUCGGAGGAUGCUUGAUAUUUAUACCCAUGGCCACCUCGAUCACCCACCUGAUUAUCCCGAACGCAGGACUUGGCUUCGCCAUUGGCAUGGUGGACUCCUCGAUGAUGCCGGAACUGGGCUACCUGGUGGACAUUCGACACUCAGCGGUGUACGGCAGCGUCUACGCGCUGGGCGAUGUGGCCUUCUGCGUGGGCUUCGCCGUGGGCCCCGCCCUGUCCGGAUCGCUGGUGAAGAGCAUCGGAUUCGAGUGGAUGUUGUUCGGGAUCGCCAUCCUCUGCUUCAUGUACGCCCCACUCCUGACGCUGCUCAAGAAUCCGCCGACGAGCGAUGAGAAGAAGUCUCUGAUCUAUGGACGCGAUCGGGCUCAGGUACGUUAUGUCACCUAUCAAAACUACGAUGAAGACGAAUAAGCAACGAUUUAACUCCAACGCAAUGUUGCCAAAGGUGCAACCAAAAAUCCAAAAAAAACGGGUAAUAAAAUCAAGAAAAAAAUCGAAGAACAGAAAGUAAACGUAACCACAACCAACAAUAUCAGUAAUAUCAUAUGAAAAUCCAAUCCCAAUCGUUACUCUUGUUCAAUGUUUUACCCACGUUGCACUAUAGUGUUUAUAUACAUAUGCCAGUGAUCAUAUCAAGAAGUAACCUCCCCCCAAAAACUUUGCACAUGUUAAAGUCGAGCACACAAAUUUGUGAAAGAGAAAGUUGAGUGAAAAAAGG